AUGACGACGGUCCACGCGCGCGUCGUGUGGCCAGGAAAAGAGCCGCUUCUCAGCGCGGCGCAGAUCGCAAACUCGACCGAGCUCGUCGGCGACGACUCGCGCCUCGCCUGCCUUCGCGCCAAGCUGCGCCGUGGCGAGGGUCUCGCAAUGGCAGCCAUCGGCGGCUCGGUGACGGCGGGCUCGAGCUACCGGACCAUGAAAGGCAGCGAAAAAGGGCUGGGGUACCUGUACCACAGGAAGAUCUUGGCUGCGUUGCGGCUGCUCCACCCGAGCAACCAUUCGAUGCUCAACGGCGGCGUCCCGGGCACUGGACCCACCUACAUGGAGCACUGCGUGAAGCAGCAUCUGCCGCGCGGCCACGUCGACCUCGUUCUCGUGGAGUAUGCUGUGAACACGGACCGGCGACCGCACGCCUAUGAGCGCAUGCUGCGCGCUCUGCUCACCGAUCCCCGGGCGCCAGCGGUGAUUGUGGUGAAUGACCACCGCUGGCGCGCCAUUCGCCCGUGGGACGGCAACCCGUGCAAGUGCUGGUCAAACGGAAAAAGGUCCUCGGCCGGGAAGAUCGACAUGCGACGGAAUCGCACACAGUGGGCCGCCCAGUCGUACGGCGAGGACGGCCGCUUCCGCGACCCUCGCUGCUCACUCCAAAGCGACGAGGACGCAAUCGCUGCGCUCUGCCGGCACUACCGCAUCCCUCUAGUUUCUAUGCGUGCUGCCACGUACGACGCCGUUCGCAAGGGCGAUCUGACCCUCCCCGACUUCAUGCUCGACUGCAAGCAUCCUGGGGCCAAUGGCCACUCCAUUCUGGCGGAGGCUGCGGCGACUACCUGCGCUCGGGCCGAGCACCUUUCCCCCCUGGUGUCUUGGGCGCACGGCUUUGGGCCGUCGGACGAGGGCCGCGGGCCCGACAAGCUCGGGUACCUGGCCAAUGACAUCGGCUCUUCCAUUGGUUUCUGCUUCCCGGCGCCUGACGCGGGCGAGAAGGCCGAGCGAGGAGCGCAGCGGACCGCUCUCUGGGUGGGGUACCUGCGCUCUUAUGAACACAUGGGCCGAGCCAGCCUGGGCUGCAGCGGUCGCUGCCGCUGCAGGGCGGACGUAAUCGACGCACACGAGACAAAGCGCUCGGUCUCUGUCACCGACGUCCGCAGAGUCGAGCUGGUCUGGACGCCGCGCCGCAAGGUCACGGCCGUGGACGUUGGCGGGUGCGGCUCGUGCACGCUGACGAUGACCGUCUUGAGCAACUCGUCCUCCGGCGAGCACAAGUUCAAGGUGAUGAGCCUCCUGAUUGAGACGGGCGGCCUCAGCACGUUUUCACUACGGGCGCGGCACCGCGUCUCACUCAGUCUCAUCGGCAGCGGUCAGAUAACAGAUACGUUCAGUAUGUAG